CUAUCCAAUAGCCAUCAUCAAAAUCAAAGGAAAUCUUCAUACUAUGUAUAUUCGCAUCUUGCAGGCGCGUUCUUGGCCCAUCAAAGUAAACUUUUUGAAAAGUCAGAAAAAAUCAAACUAUGCUUCCUCUUUGCCAAAAAAUAUAAAUUUUGAAUCCCAUUUAAGAUAAUCCGUGAGGUCGAUCAACGAUCAUAUAUAUUUAUAAAUGAACAUGCAGGGUUGAGAGACUAAAACUUGAAUUCAAACAAAAGAAGCAUGGAACGAGUGAAGCUACUAGGAGCUUGGCCAAGUCCAUAUGUUUACAUGGUAAUUUGGGCUCUGGAACUGAAGUGCAUCAAGUAUGAAUAUAUAGAACAAGAUUUACUCAACAAGAGUGACAUGCUUUUGAAGUAUAACCCAGUUCAUAAGAAGGUCCCGGUGCUCAUUCAUGAUGGUAAACCAAUCGCCGAGUCCACCGUAAUUCUUGAGUACAUUGAGGAUACAUGGCCUCAUAAUCCUUUGCUCCCAAGAGACCCUUAUGACAGGGCCAUGGCACGGUUCUGGAUGAAGUUUUCUGAGGAAAAGAGUCCUAUAUUUGCAGGAUUCUUUAUAGCUGUUGGAGAGGAGCAACAAGAGAAGGCAAUAAAAGAAGCAAGAGAACAGCUGAAAGUAUUAGAAGAAGGCGUUGGUGACAAGAAGUUUUUUGGGGGCAAUGAAAUUGGAAUGGCAGACCUGGUGUUAGGAUGGAUUGCUAAAUCAUUUGGAGUGAUUGAAGAAGUAGUUGGUGUAAAAGUAUUAGAUGCUGAUAGCUUCCCUGGCUUACAUUCAUGGGUAGGGAACUUCAGGGGUCACCCAGUCAUCAAACAGAACCUUCCUGACUGUGACGAGAUGUUUGCAUAUUACAAGCAGAAGAGGGAGAUGAUUGUUGCAUCAAAAUUAGCAUAAGAAAAAUCACUAAUCUGUGUGUAUUCAAUUUUAUGAUUUUUCAUAUUUUGUAAUCUCUUUUUCUUGAUAAUUUAAUUAUUUAUUUUAUGUA